AGGAUAGACAACCCGAGUGGUUCGGCCAUCGCCACCCGGCUAGAGUUUUCGGCAGCCCAGAACUUUUUGGACUCGAUCAGUGUCCGUACUUGGGGCAGCUCCCCGAACCGCAGGGAAUUGUGGAAUUUAUAGUUCUGGAUUCGUCUGGGUGGAACCCAGGCUCCCACAGGAUUUUUGGAGGAAAAAUAAAUAAAUGAGGACCUUGAGGACCGGGUGCCGAUCUGAACCUAGUCCAUCAUCCCUUUCCGACCCAAACUGAUUACCCACGAGGGAAGGGGCCAAGCAGCAAAAUGGAGACGCCACCAGUCAACCCAAUGGGAGAGAAAGACGCCUUUCAACAAUGGGGAAAGAAUCCCAAGAACCACCUUGAUUCAACUAUUCAAAUUAGGCAGCAGGCCCAAGAGCCUCCUACUGAAGUUCUUGAGCUGAGAAUGAGCCCAGAUCCAGCCAGCAAAAUUCUAGAGAAUCCUCAAGGGGCUGAAAAACUGGCUGUUGGUCUUGAAGAAAACUCUGUUAAAUCUCAUGGAUCAGCUAGUGAGAUGCCAGAGCCCCUCCAAUCUUCUGAUCUCUGGUACUGUCCGGAUGGGAGUUUUGUCAAGAAGAUUAUAAUCCGUGGCCAUGGCUUGGACAAACCCAAGCUGGGCUCCCGCUGCCGGGUACUGGCUUUUGGGUUUCCUUUUGGGUCAGGGUUGCCAGAGGGCUGGACAGAGCUAACUAUGGGGUUAGGCCCGUGGAGGGAGGAAACCUGGGGAGACCUCAUAGAGAAAUGCUUGGAGUCCAUGUGUCAAGGUGAGGAGGCAGAACUUCAACUCCCUGGGCACUCUGGACCUCCUGUCAGGCUCACACUGGCUUCCUUCACUCAGGGCCAGGACUCCUGGGAGCUGGAGGCCAGCGAGAAGGAGACCCUGGCCAGGCAAGAACAUGCAAGGGGCACAGAAUUAUUUCGAGCUGGGAACCCUGAAGGGGCUGCGCGAUGUUAUGGACGGGCUCUUCGGCUGCUGCUUACUUUACCCCCACCUGGCUCUCCAGAACGAACAGUCCUUCAUGCCAAUCUGGCUGCCUGUCAGUUGUUGCUAGGGCAGCCCCAUUUGGCAGCCCAGAGCUGUAACCGGGUGCUCGAGCGGGAACCUGAGCAUUUAAAGGCCUUGUACCGCAGGGGAGUUGCCCAGGCUGCCCUUGGGAACCUGGAAAAAGCAACUGCUGACCUCAAGAAGGUGCUGGUAGUAGAUCCAAAAAACCGGGCAGCCCGGGAGGAGCUGGGAAAGGUGAUCUUUCAGGGGAAGAAACAGGAUGCAGGGCUGGCACAGGGUCUCCGCAAGAUGUUUGGCUGAUUAAAAGUUAAACCUUGCCCUGGCCGGAUGUUUCAGUUUGUCGGUUCGUCGUCCUGUAUGCCAACACUUUGAGGAUUCGAUCUUGGGUCCAGGGGCAUUCUGGAGGCAACUGAUCGACGUUUGACCCUCAUAUCAAUGCCCUCUCUCUCUCUCCCUCUCUUUUCCUCUCUCUCUCUCAAAUCAAUAAACAUAUCCUCAGGUGAGGA